CGCGAGUCACGUGAACAGAAGAUAUUUUCAGCACAUAGAUAUAAUCUCCACGCGACUGAAAAAGCAUUCCGAAAAUAAGUGCCGCCUUUUUUUUUUCUCAUUUUGGUUUCAUUUACAUUUUACCGAAAAACACUGCACUAUAAAUUGUUCCUGUUAUCUCGUGUUGCUGUGGUAUUUUGAAAAAAUUAGGAUCCCUGUUAGCAUGGCAAAGAAUACCGAACCAACAAAUCUAAAGGGUGUAAACGAUACUCGAUCAAAAAGAUUCCACAAUUAAGUUUCAUUUUAUAUUUUUGAAAAAGAAUGUAUCUUUUUUGCAAACAAGAGGAUUGUUCGCACUACAUAAUGCUACAGAUGCAGGUCUGUGAGGAAUCCAGUCGACUUUCAAUAGCUUCUGGUGCCACACACUCGCUCACCCGCUACGUCGCGCCAUUGUUCUGCGCAGUCGGCGAGUUUUGUUGCGCUCUCGCCCCCUCCCACUUCUUAGGCUCGCCGGCGAGCCACUUAUCCUAUAUGCAAAACAAUAACGGGACGUCGCGGGGUUGUAAAUAGAGCAGUAAUCUAUCUGCAAACGAUCCCCGACUAGACGGAGGCUGCAUUGACCUGGCACUACAACCUUACAUAUGCCUUACUCAAGAAUCCCUUGAUUAUCAGCUUAUGUCAGUCUACAGGUUCACAUUAAUGGUACACCGGAACCGUAAAAAACACAGAUUAGGAUUACAUUGAGUUCCUUAACGUCUCAUCAGCAACAGAUCUGCAUAAUCUUGAUUGCAGAACUUUAUAAAAGGGACACAAGCAAAGAAGUGCGUUAUUCCGCGCAAGGAAAAAGAACGCUGAAGUGCGCCCUGAAAGUCUCACACCGUUUAAGCCGCGACAUCUUUGCCAUUGUAUCAGUUUGAAGUGUGCAUGAGAAAAGAGAUUGUAUAUUAAAGCUCCUUCUUUCAUUGAUGUUAUCACUAGCACAAUUGUAAAUACCCAAGUGGACAAUGGUUAUGGAGUCUGUUUACACGGGAUCGAAGCGCUACAAGGGAUCGAAACGCCAAAGGGGCAUUCCACGAAAUCAAACAUUUACUGAAGGUAUGCAGAGGAAAGGGAGCCAAAAGGACCGGUUUUUCACUAAACCGUGGAGGAACCGUCCCAAAGUCAUCCCAAACGCCGGUAACUCGCUUUGGAGCCCGGACGCUAACGAAGACUGUACUUGGUGCUCUGUUGGUGGUAGGAAAGUUCUGCUAACUCCGAUCAAAGUAGGGAAGCUUUCGGAGCCUGAGCGCUUAGCGCUGCAACAAGUGGCACUGUUGAAGCUGCGUAAACAUAUUCUUCGCAGCCAUGUAACGAUUCCCAAGGCAUCUCGACCAUACAAAAGGUCAUCUUCAUUGAAGAGAGCUCUGUCUCUUAAAAGCCGCUUAGCACUGGGAAGCGAUAAGGAAAAAGAUUCAGCAGUGUUUGCCAUACCACUUAGGAAAGCUGUAGCCAAGGCCACUCCAGACACUAGCAAUGGCAUUGUUAAAAAAUCCAAGCAAGGCAGUAGCAGCAGCAGCGGAUCAAGUGGUAGUGAUAGCAAAGACAGCAGUCAAGAGGCGCUUACUAGAGUACGCCGACACUCUGCAUCAAGCAUCAACCAGAAUUUCAACAGAGGAUUUAGUGAGAGUGCGGAUUCAAAGAGAUCCAAUGGCAUAAGUGAGCAACCUGGAUCACCCAGCUGGAAGUCAAGAUUAAUAGAUGCCUUAACACUACUAUCAUCCUCAGCAUCUGCAUCAUGUAUCAUUGACAAGCAGUCAUACUUAUCGCCGGCAUCACCUCAAGUCCCUACUAUAGUGAAUCAAGCUAUUGAGCAUCUAGAGAAUUAUGGUCUGCAUGUCCUUGGCAUAUUCAGGACAGGAGGAUCUAAGAAACGGAUGAAGCAGAUGAGAGAACAGUUUGAUUCAGGAGAGAAAACACAGUUUAAUGCUGAGGAUAAUCCCCAUGAUGUAGCUGCAUUAUUUAAGGAGUACCUUCGAGAUCUCCCUGAGCCUCUGCUUACAAGAGAGCUGUACUCUGCCUUUCUUGAAACCCAAGGAAUUUCAGACACUGCCAAAGAAAUUGAAGCCCUCCAGUUGCUAUGUUGUCUUCUCCCAGCUGCAAACAGAGACACCCUCAACGCCCUUUUAGCAUUUCUGUCAAAGGUUGACUUUUAUGCUGAAGAUAAAAUCGACGACAUGGGAUGUGAUAUUCCUGGAAACAAGAUGAAUUCCAAAAACUUAGCGACGCUUAUUGGGCCCAACAUUCUGCACAAGGUUAAAUCCGGUAGCAACGGAUAUUCAGUGGACGAUAUUGCAAGAGCUGAAGAAACCAAAAAAGUCAUUGAAGUGACCAAGGAUCUUAUUGACUACAGCAAGGAACUAUUCAUGAUAUCUGCUGAGAUACAUCACGAGGUGUUUCUGUACCUUCUUGAUAACGAGCCUGAAGUCCUCGAUUUCCUGCUCCGGAAAAAGAACCCUAUACGGACUAGCGCCGAUGAAGAGGAGAUGUACGACUUUGAGUGCCGUCCUCGACCUCGGAAACCCUCGAAUGAGCUAACGGUCAAGACUCACGAACGAGCCCGAGCAUGUUCCGAAGGUAACACGGAACGAACCGCCUUUUCGGGAUUCAUUCGUGCAGCAAGUUUGAACAGCCGACCACCUCCCGAGUAUCCACAUAGACGACGAGGAAACAAUAUUUAUUCUCCUACGGCAGCAGGAACGACUACGGCAUCUCCCAGUGCAAUAGGAGUCGUUCAUUCUAGUGCCAUGCAUUCGGGUGUUACGCACCCUAGUGUCACGCAUUCUGGUGUCACGCCUACUGGUUCGACAACAAUUGGUGUCAUUCCAACUGCUACUUGGGAAAGAUCAGUCACGUCCAACGGACCGGUGCCGCCUGUUCGCAGCAGUAGUAGAAAUGUCAACCCUGAGGAAUGCUGCAAUGCAUACAAACAAAGACUAUACGCCCGCCAGCUUUCGAAUCCAGAGGAUAGUACAUACUCGAGGCGACAAAGAACCCCACCCACUCCAUCUCGGGGUCCGCGUCGAUUUGGUAAUGGACAAAGUGAGCCACCAUCCCCUGCUUUAUCGCACUCCUUUUCUCGUUCGUUAUACUCCACUCCAUUAUCUUCGCCGCCAUCGACGCCAUUUUACUCUGCCGAGUCGGCAUCAUCGACUUCGAACUCCUCGCCUGCGGUAUCCUACUUGGGAAGUGAGGGUCCCAUUCUUAGUGAACUAACGCAGCUACUUAGUGAGGUGGAGAAAGAUUUAGCGCGUGAACGAGAAAGGGAGCGUUUGAAAUCGUCAGGCGUGAAUGAUAUGGGAUUUGAUCCUUCUGACUGGCAACUGGAAAAAUGGCUGCACUGGGAAACACAAUCACAACACAACAGUAGCAGAAAAGAUGCUUUGGAACAAGAAACCUUGGUUUGACGCCAUUUACAAAUACUGUAGAAUUCGCCUUAACGGGGAGUUAUAGCUCCAUGGUAUGAGGAAUUUUGUUCAUAAUGGACAAGAGCCGUUAGUUCAAACUUGCCCUGUUAAGGCGGGUGUUACCGUAUGUCUCUACAAUCUCUUUCAAAGGCCAAAAAUGUACAAUAUAUUAUGUUCGUGAACGAAAAGUUUUGUGCCGUUAAGAAAUGUCAUUCUCAUCCAGAACACAAAGAAAUGCGUUCGCGAAUUCGCGUAUUUUUCUCAAGCUGAUUUUGGAAAUGGAAUCUGUACAAAGCUCUUUUAUCUACAAACGCAAUUUUUUUAUAUCAUAUUUAAUAAACACCACUGUUUUCACUCCUUAGAAAGGGAGUUUUCCAGUUGGCAGUACUUUAUCUACACUAUGUGUAGGCCAGUCUUUGUAACGCCAACAUUGGCGAUUAAAAAAAAAUAUAUAUCCUAGCACUUUGUAGAGCAUUCGUGAAUUCUUAAAUGCAUAUUUUUAACCUCGUAAUGUCCUGCUUUUUGUCUAUGGAAAGCAAAUGUCCAUUUAUUCUCACGGCACAUCACUCUUGACAUUUCGUGCAAUUUUACUUUUUGAGGCCCUUUUUUAUUGCGUUUUGUUCUCAUUUCCGCACUCACUAUGCCCUUUAUAUCUUGGGAACAAGGCGCUUUAUAUCUCGGCUGGUCAUCGGAGUAUUAUAGGCAAUUUAUAAUGUAACAAACUAAAGGCUCAGUGCAGAACCGUAGCAGAGGGUUGGGCACUGGAGGCAUGUGUCCCCAAUAUUUUCAAAAUUAUAAGGGCAACUUUUUGUCACAAAUGAUAAAUAUUGAUUACAUAGUUCAUUUCAUGGAUUAUAUUUGAAAUUAGCUGCCUGAAAAUGUAAAUAUAUUUUGGGGGCUCUUCACCGAUGUUCAUAUUAGGCAGAAUCAAACAAUCCUUUUUUGGCCUAAGACACAUGAUAUCAGAUAGAGUUUGUGAAUUAUGAUACUAUUUUACGAUCAAUGGAUUAAUGUACCUCAUACAUUUGUAAAUUUGUAUAUAGUCCAGCUUCACCCUUAAGGUCUGUAAAACAGUCAUUCCUUACUCUACUGGUCAUUUUCUCUUUAAUCCAUUCGUUAAUCUAAUUACAUUUUGAAAAUAGGAUUCGGGAUUCUCCCCCUUAUUUGAAGGUGAAUGGGAUUUUAUGGGAGGGCCGCGAUAAUGUAUUAGCCACUAAGUGACACGAAAUUGUGUGUUCUGGGCCACAGGUGGGAAAUCUAAAAAGAAGAAAAAUCUGAAAGCCUGUAAGAUUCGAUGAGCAAUAAAAAAGGCAUAAUAUAAUCUGACUUCAAAGAAAGUUUCGGAGAAAUACAAUAAACUUCUUCUCGCACCUCUUAUUUCUCCAUUUAUUCAUAUUAGUGGCAACGGAAGUAAAGCCAGAACCCAGAAAACAUUGAACUUUUCUACACCGGAAAAGGACACCCUGUACUUAGAAAUUGUUUUACAGUCAAAACAAUAUCAAUCUACUGUGUCUAUAUAAUAAAGGCAUUUUAUAUAUUUUGAGCUUUACAUAAUUUAGCUUCUGUAUGAAGCUGUGAAGCUUGUCCUUUAAAAAAUGAUCCGCCUUCGCGCGUAAAAUAAAGGGUUACUUUAAGUAAUUCUGGCCCAAAGUGAUCUAUCUUGGCGUGUUACUGAAAGGCUUAAAGGGGGCCUGGUUUCUCCUGCCGGAGUAACAGGUAUGGGGAUGGGUGGAGUGGAGUGAAACUGCUAACCGAGGGUUCUUUGACCCCCCCCUCCCCCCGCUUUUUAGGAUCCUGUGAGAAAGAGAGUAGACUGGUAACAAGAGUGGUCCUCGUACAAAGAUGGCGGACGAACCAGAUAGAAGACAACAAGAAAAAAAAGCGCCUUUGGAUUUGUCUCUUCUAAAGGGAUUUGUAGCUGGAGUCGUGUUCUCUCACAUAAAUAAGAGACUUAUUCUUGGGUUAUUUGUAGGAGUGAUUUCAGGUGCGUACAUACAGCAGAAUUACGCAGGAUUACCAAAUGUGGAAGGGACACUGAAAGAAUGGAUUGAUGUCGUGAAAAAGUCUACGAAAGAGUUUAAAGAGAAAAACAAAUGACAAGAACUAGCAACAGGGACUCAAUCAUGAAAUUUUAUACAAUUUUCUCCCUUUUGUGGGAUGUGAGACUUUGGAAUGUGCAAGAAUAAUCCAUGUUUGGUCUGAUCUAACGUUCUGUCUAAGGAACCGAUGAUGUUCUGAUCAGUGUGGAAAAAAGAACUAUUUUGUGCAAAUUUUAUACAUAGCUUGGACUCGCCGUCGUCAAAGUAUAUUCAAGGACAGUAUAUUUUCAUUCCCCUUGAUGAAAUCAACAAUAAAUCCAAUUAAUGAGCAAAUCGAAA